AUGCACUCGUCUCCUCUGAGCUUCCGUCUCUCUCAGGUGUCCCUGCGGCUCAGAGGCUCUCACUUCUGUGGCGGCUCCAUCCUGACCGGGCGCUGGAUCCUGACGGCCGCUCACUGCUUCUCGUCCGUCUCCAGAGAGUUCCUCGGAGGCGUGAGCGUGGCCGCGGGAGAGUUUGACCGCAGAGUGGACGAUGAGGAGGAGCAGGUCUUCGGUGUGAAGAGCGUCACCGUGCACGAGAAGUACCAUCAUGCUUUGCCCAUGGGCCACGACAUAGCUCUGGUGGAGCUGGAUCAACACAUCCGGCUCGGGAUCCGUGUCCAGCCGAUAUGUUUACCUUUACCUGAUGAGAAAACCCUCCCUCGGACCAGGUGCAUUGUGGGUGGAUGGGGCAGGAUAAAGGAAAGAGGCCGUCUUCCUGCGGUUCUGAGAGAGAUCCAAUUGGACUUGGUGGAUCCGGCCAAGUGUAAAUACGUCCUCCAGACUCUCCGAGGGCCGGCCCGACCUCAGUCCGCCAUGACGGUUCUGUGUGCGGGGGCGGAGCGAGGAGGGAGAGACGCCUGUCAGGGCGACUCCGGGGGACCUCUGGUAUGUCCUGCAGGGUCAGGCGGAGGUCACAGGGUGGCGCUGGGUGUAACCUCCUGGGGUAAAGGAUGUGGUCGGAGCUGGGGCAACAACAGCAUCCGCCCUCCUUCCAGAAGAGGCUCUCCUGGGGUUUUCACUGACGUCAGGCUGCUGCUGCCCUGGAUCAAACGUGAACUACGACAGGCUGAUGAGCAGCAGCGGAGAAAGACGUCAUCAGGACUCUGCAGUGUGAGCGACGGGCCUGUAAAUGACAGCGAGGGAGUCAUCAGAAACCCCGCCCUCCCUGGUGAUCGCUACGACAACAACGAGUUGUGUGUGUGGAGUAUCACGGCUCAGCCAGGUCACUCUGUCCUGUUGGAGUUGGAGCACUUGGAUCUGGAGAAUGAAUCCAACUGUCGCUACGAUCGACUCAGCGUGUCAGCAGGGAUCCACAGGCCUGUAGGGAUUUUCUGCGGUCGUGUCCCACAAAGCCCUCUUCUCCUGAGUCUUUCCCAAAAUGCAACACUUCUCUUCUCCUCAGACGUCAGCAGAACAGGAAGUGGCUUCAUCAUUAGGCAUCGUGCUGUCCAGGGACGCCCUGAUCCUGGUUGCGGGACAAUUGUUCUCAUUGAAGACGAGACUGUUGUACAAAGCCCGAAUUACCCACAAUCCUACAGCAAUGACUGCGUCCUCCGCUGGGUCGUCUACGCUCCACGGGGUCACGUUGUCAAGUUCACUGACGUCGAGCUCGAGGAGUCGGACAGAUGUUUGUACGAUUCCCUCACCGUCCUGGCAGACGUGGAGCAAACGGAGGAGCUGGCGGUGCUGUGCGGUCGCAGUGUUCCUCCUCCGGUUCUGUCGUUCCACAACGUCGUGGUGCUCCAGUUCUCUUCAGACAGCAGCAUCACGCACAGAGGCUUCAGGGCGACACUGUCCUUCAUCAGCCGCUCAGACCUGCACCACGGUGACGGCAGACCUGGCGUCGAGGGGCCAGGAGACAUUUGGAGAAUUCCCCGACGUCACGUGACGGUUCACCAGCAACGCUCACAUGUCAACAUGGACGUGUCUGUCCCUCAGUCCAGCGGCGGAGACGAGUCCUCCAGAGGUGACGAGGAUCAGAAGACUCUUCAUCUGGAGCUGAGCUCAGAUGAUGAAGACUCCGGUGGAGAAUCCUCAGGGACGAUGUUAUGACCUGUUGCUUUACA